AUGUUCCCUAGCAGCAGCAGCAGCAGCAGCAGCAGCAGCGGGGAGCAGAGCCCCGCCGCCCCGCCGCUGCUCUCCCAGGAGCGGACACUGACCUGGUGGAGAUCCGCCUCGGGAGCUCCGUCCUUCUGCCGAGCUGAGCGCAGGUUCCCGGUUCCUCCUGAGCGGCGUCCACCUGAUGUUCUCUGGUCUGCUGGUCCAGCUGCUGCUCCGCUUAAUGAGCCGCUGAUCCUCUUACAGUCUCCAUCAGGACAGCAUGGAGACCGAAGCACGGCUCACCUACAGCAGCACAAAACACACAACAGCAGCACAAAACACACAACAGCAGCACAAAACACACACAACAGCAGCACAAAACACACACAACAGCAGCACAAAACACACAACAGCAGCACAAAACACACAACAGCAGCACAAAACACACACAACAGCAGCACAAAACACACAACAGCAGCACAAACACACACAACAGCAGCACAAAACACACACAACAGCAGCACAAAACACACAACAGCAGCACAAAACACACAACAGCAGCACAAAACACACAACAGCAGCAGCACAAAACACACAACAGCAGCAGCACAAAACACACAACAGCAGCACAAAACACACAACAGCAGCACAAAACACACAACAGCAGCACAAAACACACAACAGCAGCACAAAACACACACAACAGCAGCACAAAACACACAACAGCAGCACAAAACACACAACAGCAGCACAAAACACACAACAGCACCACAAAACACACAACAGCACCACAAAAGACACAACAGCAGCACAAAAGACACAACAGCAGCACAAAACACACACAACAGCAGCACAAAACACACAACAGCAGCACAAAACACACAACAGCAGCACAAAACACACAACAGCAGCACAAAACACACAACAGCAGCACAAAACACACAACAGCAGCACAAAACACACACAACAGCAGCACAAAACACACAACAGCAGCACAAAACACACAACAGCAGCACAAAAGACACAACAGCAGCACAAAACACACACAAUGAUGUGAAGCAUGGUGUAUUCAAUUCUAUUCAAUUCAAUUUUAUUUAUAUAGCGUCAAUUACAGUCAAAUCGUCUCAAGACGCUUUACAGAACCCAUAUGCCUGACCCCCAGAGCAGCCCAAAGGAGACAGUGGCAGGAAAACACCCUUUUAACAGGGAAGAAACCUGGAGCAGAACCCGGCUCUAUAUAGGGGGGACCCAUCUGCCUGCUGGCCGGGGGGGUUGAGAACGACAGAGGAGGGCAAGGGGGAGGGAUGGGAGAAGAGGGAGGGGUGGGAAAGCAAAGAAAACACAACACACAUUUGGAUACAUGUAUGACAGGAUAUGUGACACAGACAAAGUAUAAGCUAACAUUGAAAACUGACUCAUAGUUUACUCUGAUGAUGUACGGCUCUGACAUUAAACAUACUCCAUAUAUAGCUAGCAGUAAAAUUCAAACAGUAUGUAAGUUAGCAUAACAGUAUAGUGAAGGCAAUGCAGAGUUGACUGGUGGAAAAAGGGGAGCUGGAAGCAGAGGACUGGAGGAAGGUCAGCAGCAGCAUCCCACAGUGGACAUGAUGGAGACUGGACCAGCUGGUGGAACAUCAACCACAGAUCUGAAGCAUCCAGCUCUGGGACCAGGGACACUCGGAGAAAUAGCACAGGGGGAAACAGAGUGAAUGUACUGCAAUAACGGUAUACAUAUUAAAUGUAAAGGUAGAUAGAGAAGGGCUCAGUGCGUCAAGAAAAGUCCCCCAGCAGCCUAUAGGCCUAUAGCAGCAUGACUAGAGGCAGAACGAAGGGACGUCCAAGAGGGAGUCAGCUGUGCAAUGAAGACACAAGCCGAACCCCUGUGGGUCACCCAGUCAGCCCCAACUAUAAGAUUUGUCAAAAAGGAACGUUUUAAGCCUGGUCUUAAAAAUAGAGAGGGUGUCUGCCUCCAGAACCCAAACUGGGAGCAGGUUCCACAGGAGAGGCGCUGAUAACUGAAGGCUCUGCCUCCCAUUCUACUUUUAGAAAUUCUAGGAACAACAAGUAAGCCUGCAGUUUGAGAGGAAAGAGUUCUACUAGGAUAAUAUGGUACUAUCAGAUCUUUAAGAUAUGAUGGAGAUUGGUUAUUAAGAGCUUUAUAUGUCAGAAGAAGGAUUUUAAAUUCUAUUCUGGAUUUAACAGGAAGCCAGUGAAGAGAAGCAAGUAUAGGGGAAAUAUGAUCUCUUUUGCUAACUCCUGUCAGUACUCUGGCAGCAGCGUUUUGGAUCAACUGUAGAUGUUUGAGAGAGCUGUUUGGACAACCCGAUAAUAAGGAAUUGCAAUAGUCAAGCCUGGAAGUAACAAAAGCAUGAACUAAUUUUUCUGCAUCACUCUGAGACAGAAUGUUCCUGAUUUUUACAAUAUUACGCAGGUGAAAAAAGGAAGUCCUACAGACUUGCUUUAUGUGUGAGUUAAAGGACAUGUCCUGGUCAAAAAUAACUCCAAGAUUCCUCACAGUAGUACUGGAGGCCAAUGUGAUGCCAUCCAGAGUAACUAUUUGCUUUGAAAGCGAGUUUCUAAGAUGUUUGGGGCCAAAUACAAUGACUUCAGUUUUGUCUGAAUUUAGCAGUAGGAAGUUAAAAGUCAUCCAGGUUUUAAUGUCCUUAAGACAAUCUUGCAGUCUAGCUAACUGAUCAGUUUCAUCUGGCUUCAUAGAUAAAUACAAUUGUGUGUCAUCUGCAUAACAAUGGAAGUUAAUAUAAUGCUUCCUAAUAAUAUUGCCUAAAGGAAGCAUGUAUAAUGUGAAAAGUAUCGGUCCUAAGACAGAACCCUGAGGAACUCCAUGAUUAACUUUAGUAUGCUCAGAAGAGUUAUUGUUGACAUGCACAAACUGGAACCUAUCUGAUAAGUAGGAUUUAAACCAGUCCAGUGCUGUUCUUUUAAUGCCAAUUGAAUGUUCUAGACGCUGUAAUAAAAUGUUGUGGUCGAUUGUGUCAAACGCUGCACUAAGAUCUAACAAAACAAGUAUAGAGACUAGUCCAUUAUCUGAUGCUAUGAGAAGGUCAUUAGUAACUUUCACUAGAGCUGUUUCUGUGCUAUGAUGCACUCUGAAGCCUGACUGAAACAUUUCAAAUGAUUCCUUUGUAAGUGUUCACAUAAUUGAUUUGCAACUGUUCUUUCCAGAAUUUUAGAGAGAAAUGGUAGGUUGGAUAUCGGUCUAUAGUUAGCUAACACAUCUGGAUCUAAAGUGGGCUUUUUAAGCAAAGGUUUGAUGACAGCAACCUUAAAAGCCUGUGGUACAUAGCCUGUUACUAGAGAGAGAUUAAUCAGAUCUAACAUUGAAGAAUUAAUUAAAGGUAAAAUCUCCUUGAAGAGUCUAGUUGGGAUAGGAUCUAAAAGACAUGUUGAUGGUUUGGAUGUAGAAACUGUUGAAAUGAGUUCAGAGAGACAUAUAGGAGUGAAGAAUUCUAAAGAUUCAUCAGGUCUAACAGCCAAUUCAAAAGCAUCUGUGACAUUUGUAGGAAGGGCCAGAUUAAUUUUAUCUCUAAUCAGAACUAUUUUAUGUGUAAAGAAGCUCAUGAAGUCGUUACUGGUUAAAGCUAAAGGAAUACAAGGUUCA